GGGGGAAAACAGGAAAGAGGUGUGUGUGUGUUCGGGGCUGGUGCGGCAGGGAGGAGCAGACUUGAGUCUUAGGAGGCGUCGUCACGGCAGCAGCAGAACAGCAGAGUCUCUCUGACAGCUGGAGGAGGUGGUCCUGUCACAGUCCCCUGGACCUUCCUCUACCGCUCCGGUCCUCCUGCCCUCCACUGGUCCUGGGUCUGGUCCUGGGUCUGGUCUCGGUCCUAGUCUGGUCUGGUCUGGUAUGGAUGCCAUCAUGCUCCAGGAGAAAUUGGUGGAGCGUCUUUUGUGCCCCCGAGUGAGGACAGCCCGACAGAAGGAGAAGCAGUAUGUGGGCUUUGCCACGCUGCCUAACCAGGUCCACAGGAAAUCUGUGAAGAAGGGAUUUGACUUCACUCUCAUGGUUGCAGGGGAGUCUGGUAUGGGUAAAUCCACCUUGGUGAACAGCCUGUUCCUGACAGACCUGUACAAGGACAGAAAGCUGCUCAACGCUGAAGAGCGGAUCAACCAGACGGUGGAGAUCAUCAAACACACUGUUGACAUCGAGGAGAAGGGAGUCAAGCUCAAACUCACCAUCGUGGACACUCCUGGGUUUGGAGAUGCUGUCAACAACAAUGAGUGCUGGAAGCCCAUAACAGACUAUAUAGACCAGCAGUUUGAGCAGUACUUCAGAGACGAGAGCGGGCUGAACAGGAAGAACAUCCAGGACAACCGCGUCCACUGCUGCCUCUACUUCAUCCCUCCCUUCGGGCACGGGCUGCGGCCGGUAGAUGUGGAGUUUAUGAAGGCCCUUCAUGAGAAGGUCAACGUGGUCCCCCUCAUCUCCAAGGCCGACUGCCUCACUCCCAACGAGAUCAAGAGGCUGAAAGACAGAGUUCGUGAGGAGAUAGAGAAGUUUGGCAUCAAGGUGUACCAGUUCCCAGAAUGUGACUCGGACGAGGAUGAAGAGUUUAAACAGCAGGACAAGGAGCUUAAGGAGUGUGCGCCGUUUGCAGUGAUCGGCAGCAACACGGUGGUGGAGGCUCGAGGCCAGCGUGUCCGAGGACGUCUGUACCCCUGGGGCAUCGUAGAGGUGGAGAACCAGUCCCACUGUGACUUUGUGAAGCUGAGGAACAUGCUGAUCCGGUCCCACAUGCACGACCUGAAAGAUGUGACCUGUGACCUGCACUACGAGAACUACAGGGCCCAGUGCAUCCAGGAGAUGACCAGUAAACUGACCCAGGACAACCGCGUGGACAGCCCCACCCCCUUCCUGCCCCUGUCCACCCCCGACGUGGAGACCGAGAGGCUCAUCAAGAUGAAAGACGAGGAGCUGAAGAGGAUGCAGGAGAUGCUGAAUAAGAUGCAGCAGCAGAUUCAUGACAAAGAGUGAUUUACCAUGACGAUUCCCAGAGCAGGCUCAGGCCACAGUGACCCCUGCUGGCCAGCCCCUGAACUACACCCAGACUGUCAGACAUUGAAUGCAACAACACAACAUCACAGUCAACUGUACCAACAUGUUACUGAUAUACUCUGUGUAGGGGCACACCUGUGGUUGGGAAUUCAUCUGUCCUAUGCUUUGUAUAUUUUGUCCACCUGGAUAAUAGUAUGUUUUUUUUUUACAAAUUUUGUGUGUUCGUUUGCGAGCCCAUUUCUUAAUAUUGGUAACGAUCCUAAUAUAAUGUUAUUAUGAACCAUUGUAACCUUGUAAUUUAACGGACCGCUAAUUUAUGAAUAUAAUGAUGAAUCCUUUAGGGUAUUUCUCCAGGGUAUGCGCAUUGCAAGAUAUUUUGCAGCUUUAUAUCUGAAUAUAGAUAUUCAUUUGUAUUCAUGUUGAACGUGCGUAUGUGUUUAGUGUUUUCAUCUGGUUGUUGUCCAAAAAGACUGUUUCUGUCUGAGGCACUUUUUAUGUAUUUUUGCUGAAUUGUAUAAAUAUACAUGAAUUCUUUUAAGAACAAGCGAUGUUUGGGCAUGAGCUAAAAAGAUAACUUUUUCUCCGAAAAUAUUCUGCAUUCACUGGCAACAUUGAAAAAGCACUUAAUGCCAGUUGCUGACUGCUGAAUUCAGGUUCUUUGCUAUAAUGAGAGGGUAGCUAUGUGCAGUAGGUCUCUGUACUGUACGUGGUGCAUGUAGGAGCAUGCUACAGCUCCUUAUAUCUGCAGCUAAGAGACCUCUGUCUGCUGUCGCUGUCAACACACUGUCUGUCUGUUCCUCUGCUUCAGACGCUCUGUCCAGAGAGCAGUUGGAGAGCGUUCAUAUGUGUCUGCUUUGAAGAACAGCUGCUGUCAAAGCUUCGGCUCAAAAUGGCAAAUUAUGGAAUUUAAAUCCCUAAGCAUGAGCUGUGUACAGUAGGGGGAGGUCCUGUAUGUGUGUGUGUGUGUGCGUGUUGGUGUGUGUGUGUGUGAUGGAGAGAGAGAGAACGAGAAUGCAAGGACGUGUGUGUGUGUGUGUGUGUGUGUGCUAACAAAUGUGCCUGACCUGUGUUUUUCUGUCCGCCUGUAUAUAUGACUUUGGGGUGUGUGUGUGUGUGUGCCUCUGUGUCGGUUGACCUGGUUCUCCCAGCUCUGCUGUCAGUCUCCAGGUAAUGUUGUUGCUUUCUACUGCGCUAUGACUGAAACCUGAACCCAGGUUAUAACAAUGACAAAUAAACUGUCUUGAUUCAUCUCC